AUGGCCAUGAGUUCGUAUAUGGUGAACUCUAAGUAUGUGGAUCCCAAAUUUCCUCCUUGCGAGGAAUAUUUGCAGAAUAGCUACUUAGGCGAGCAGGGGGCCGAGUACUACAGUGCCUCGCAGGGCGCUGAUUUCCAGCACCAGGGACUCUACCCACGGUCAAACUACAGCGAGCAGCCCUUUAGCUGUAGCAAUGCCCAGGGCUCUGCCGGGCAGCCGCGGGGUCACGGACAGGAGCAAUCCGGCCCGGCGAGCCACUUCCCCGGCCCAGCAGAGCAUUGUCCACCGCCUCCAAUGUCCAACUCGCGAGCCUGCAGCCAGCAGCCGGCCCUCAAACCCCCAAACGGCUCCGCAGUUAAGCAGCCGGCAGUAGUUUAUCCCUGGAUGAAGAAAGUCCAUGUUAACUCGGUGAAUCCCAAUUACAACGGAGGGGAACCUAAACGCUCCCGCACAGCUUACACCAGACAGCAAGUCCUAGAACUGGAAAAAGAAUUUCAUUUUAACAGGUACCUGACCAGGCGCCGCCGUAUCGAGAUAGCCCACACUUUGUGUCUCUCUGAGCGCCAGAUCAAGAUCUGGUUUCAGAACAGAAGAAUGAAGUGGAAAAAAGAUCACAAACUGCCCAACACGAAGGGCAGAUCUUCUUCCUCUGGUUCAAACCCCCAUUUACAAACUGGUUCCAAGGACCAUCAGACUGACUUGACAACUUUGUAG